AUGAAGUACAUUGAUAUCUGUACUGCACUUUAUGACUACCAAUCCCAACAUGAUCAAGAAAUUUCAUUCCAGGAAAAUGAUACUUUAUAUAUUCUAGAUAAAGAAGAUCCAAAUUGGUAUAAAGCCCAACUUAAAGUACCAUCAGACAUUGGGCCAAUUGGGCUUGUGCCUUCCAAUUACAUUGAAAAGGCAAAGCCUAUUGACUCAUUAAAAGCACUUUACGAUUAUCAAUCUCGAUCAUUAGAAGAACUGGACUUUAAGGAAAAUGACACAUUUGCAUUAUAUGAAAAAGAUGACCCUGAUUGGUUUCUAGUAGAGGCUUCAAAUGGACAAAUUGGCUUAGUACCUAGCAACUAUGUUGAAUUUAUUAAAAACAAUACAUUAUCAACUGAGCAACGUAUACCAUCUCAGCCAAAUAUCGCUUUAGACAAUAAAAAUAGAACAAAAAAUAAAGGUAAAUGGGCUAUAGCGUUAUAUGCUUUUAAGCCAGAAGGAGAUGAGGAGACCUAUCUUGAGGAAGGUGAGCAUGUGAUUGUAACAAAUCAGGAAAAUAAGGACUGGUGGACAGUUGAGCAUAAGGAUGGUACACAUGGUAUUGUACCAGCUGUUUAUAUAAGAUUUGAAGAUGAACAGGAAGAGAAAAGGAAAAACGAGUUAGCAGCCAAAAUUGAAGCUGAAGCAAAAGAAAAAGAAAAACAACGUAUAGAGCUUGAAAGGCGACGAAAAGAGCAGGAAGAGCAUGAGAAACAAUUAAAAGAAGAACAUGAAAGACAAAAAAGACUAGAAGAGUUGAAACGACAAAGAGAGCAAAAAGAGAAGGAAAGAUUAAGACAGGAAGAAGUAGAAAGAAGAAGAAAAAUACAAGAAGAAGCAAGACAAAGAGAAUUAGAAGAAAAAAGGAAACAGCAAGAAGAAUUAAAGCAGAGAGAAGAAAAGAAGAAACAGCAAACAUUUAACAAGUUUUCAGCUUCUCCUUCAUUAGGACGUAAUCAAAUUCCUGUUCCUUCUUCUUCUUCUCCUUCUUCUACCGUACAAUAUCAGUCCUCUACACAAUAUGUUGAUUCAAUUAAGCUUGAUCCUUCAAAAGUACGUACUUGGACUGAUCGUACAGGAGCCUUUAAAGUGGAUGCACAAUUCCUUUUAUGUGCUAAUGGUAAAAUUCGACUUUUUAAAACAAAUGGCGUAAAGAUCGAUGUUCCAAUUGAAAAAAUGUGUCUUGAGGACUUACGUUUCAUUGAGAAGGAGACAGGUACUAAAUUAGUAGACGAUCAUACACCUUUAGCACACUUGAAAAAGCAACAAUUUAGCUGGUUUAAUUUCUUUAAACAAGCCAAUUUACCUCAAAAGGCAUGUACAGAAUAUGCGGGAACUUUUGAGGCUAAUAAAUUGACAAAGGAUGAUAUUGAUCACCUUACACACAGAAAGAUGAAGAUGUUGGGCAUGUCCGAACGUCAUGUUCAACGUAUUCAAAGAUUUAUAGAAACAGAGCAUGCGGAUCCUCCAUCAGAAGAUGAGACAAUUUCUAGACCUAAAAUAAAGAAAAAGGUAACAUUUGGUCCUGUAAGUUAUAUCGAUGAUAUAAAAGAUGAGGAUGAGCAUGAUGUACAAUGGCAAAUAGAACAGGAUGAAAAAUUAGCGAGACAAUUACAAGAACAAGAAGAGCAGCAUCAUGUUGGUUUACAUAGACGUGGUACUGGUAGACCUACACCUCUUCAUUCAGCUCCUCGUGAUGUAAAUCCAACCGUAUUAACACCUCAGCAGUUUAAAAUGGAACCACUACAACCUGUACAAUCAACCACAACACCACCCAUUCUGCAGCAGUCGAGGAAUAUAACUCCAACUUUGAUGAAUAAACCUACUUUUGAAGACGAUGCAUGGGCACCUCGAACAACCGAACAAACUUCAGGUUGGAAUAAUAAUAAUAAUAAUAAUAAUAGAGUAUCUUCUAUGAUAGCAACAGCCUCUCCCUCAAUAACAAGAAUACCAGGAGUAGCAAUGACAGCAGCAGUACCAUCUGCUCCUCCUUUGCCUCCCCAAACACCCCCUCGUCAAAGACCUGUAUCUCAAAUACCUCAACAGAAUAGAGUUGAUCCCCAGUUACUCGCAAAAUGGGGAACUAGUCCUGUUCUUGCUACUAGUCAAAAUCGUCCAGUACCUCCUCCACCCACAAAUAGCAAUAAUCAUUUUGUACCAUUAAAUAAUAACAUGACAAGCUCACCUAGUCCAUUACAGCAAAAAGCUAUUCAUACUAAUACUAAUAUGAUAACAGGAAAUCAUUUUGGUACUAGUCUACCUCCCUCAAAUUCAUUUAAUAUGCAAUAUCAAAAUGCAUCACCUAGAACUGUACCUUUACAGUCUGUAUUACCUUCGCCUAUUGUACCUCAACCUAUAUCACUACAGCAAGGACGAAAUUGGGCCAAUGCUACACCAGAUAAUCCCUUUGGUGGUGCUGCUGCUGCUGCAAGGCCUAACAAUACCAACAUGCAACCAACAAUUACUUCACAGAAUUCAUUUCAAACAACGACAUCGUAUCAUUCUUCAACAGAAGUUAAUCCAACUGAUAAAUAUUCAGUUUUUAAAACUCUCAAUGCAAGUACACCUAGUAUAUUCAAUAGCCAACAUCACAAUAAUUUUUAUUAG